GUGUGUUUAUGCAAAACAACAGCAUCUUAACCCUCAAACACACUUUCUCUCACGCUUUGUUUUAUUCCCUAUCUAGCUGUUGGACUUGGAGGGUCGAGUGCGCGCGAAUCUUUACUGGAGAAUGAUGCCUUUUAAAACGACUUCUCUGCUUUGUCUGAUCUUUCUCCUCAUGAUCACGGGAGCUCUUGGGAAUGAAUGGAGUGUGACAUACAGCAAACUAAAUCUCUGUGCUUUAAAAGGAUCUACAGUGUUUAUGAACGUCACGUACACACACCCAACAUAUCUUACAGUGACGAACAGGUUUUGGUUAAUAAACGCAGUUCAGGGUAAAGAACCGACUGAUCUGCGUAAUGAAUCAGGUUACUCAGACAGAGUGGAGUAUUUAGGAGAUGAACAGAAACACUUCUCCCUCAGACUGAGUGACGUGAAGAAAUCAGAUGAACAAAAGUACUGGUUCAGAAUCAUAACAAAUGAAGAAAAAGAAAGAUACCAGGGUGAACCUGGAGUUACACUCACUGUUACAGAUCUUCAGGUGAUCGCUCCUGCAGAAGUGACAGAGGGACAAUCAGUCGUUCUGAUCUGUAAAACCAACUGCAGUCUGACUGAUCCAACAUUCAUCUGGUACAAAAACAGACGUGAUUUAACCACAAACACCCCCAAGAGCAAUGAACUCCACCUGCAGCCGGUCAGCAGUGAGGAUGCAGGCAGUUAUAGCUGUGCUGUAAGAGGAUAUGAACAUCUCCCCUCUCCUGCUCAAACCCUCAGAGUCAGAUAUUCUCCAAAGAACGUCUUAGUGUCCAUCAGGUCCUCUGGUGAAAUAGUGGAGGGCAGUUCAGUGACUCUGACCUGCAGCAGUGAUGCUAACCCACCUGUGAAGAACUACACCUGGUUUAAGGGGACAACAUCAGUAGGAAAAGGAAAUACCUACAACAUCUCCAAGAUCAGUUCUGAGGACAGUGGAGAGUACAAGUGCAACUGCAGUAAUGAAGUCGGACAUCAGGACUCCAUCAGUGUAACUCUGAAUGUUCUAUAUGCUCCAAAGAACGUCUCAGUGUCCCUCAGCUCCUCUGGUGAAAUAGUGGAGGGCAGUUCAGUGACUCUGACCUGCAGAAGUGAUGCUAACCCACCUGUGGAGAACUACACCUGGUUUAAGGAGAAAGAAUCGUCACCUGUAGGAUCUGGACAGAGUUACGGAGCACUACAGAGUGGACAGUACUACUGCGAGGCUCAGAAUAAACACGGCUCUGAGAGAUCAGCUGCAGUGUCCGUCACUUUAAACAGGGUUCAGAGCUUAGGUGUGUACGCAGGUGUUGGGGCUGUUGUGUUUGUGUGUGUUUGUCUCAUCAUCACCUUCCUGUUUAUCAGGAAAAAUAAAAGAAUUGUGUCAACAGUUAACCAAAGUUUAAAACAGGAAAAUCUUUACGCCAAUGUAGCAGUGACAAAUCCUAUCAACUCUGUAUCUGAUUCAGCCUCGGCCAAUCAGGAUGAAGUUCUGUAUGCCAGCAUUGUACACCAGAGUGCCGUUGACCCCUGGAAUGCUGAGAGUUCUGCUGUGAAAGCUUCUGCCUCUGAGGAUGAGGAGGUUCAGUACUCUAGUGUCAGAUUCACUCGCAAAGGUGCUGACUACAGAUCACAGUGGGAUCCUCAUUGGAAGGCCUACAGAAAGAGAGUAAAUGAUCACAGUAAGAUCCAGCAGAAGAUCAUUUCUAGCUCUGUUAGAGUGGAUGAAACAGACCUGCUCCUCUCACCUGUAGUCAGCACCGCUGCGAGUGAAUCUAACGAAUCUGACACUAGAGUACUGAACCUCCUCGUUCUCAGAGGCAGAAGCUUUCACAGUAGAACUCUCAGCAUUCACGGGGUCAAUGGCAUUCUGAUUUUCUAUGGAAUCUUUCCAGUAAUGAUGUUCCUCCAAAUGGCUUCUCCACUUCAUCUGGUCUUUCUGUUCAUGAUCUCAGGAGCUCUUGGGAAUAAAUGGAGUGUGACAUACAGCAAACUAAAUCUCUGUGCUAUAAAAGGAUCUACAGUGUUUAUGAACGUCACGUACACACACCCAACACAUCUUACAGUGGAGAACAGGUUUUGGUUAAUAAACCCAGUUAAGGGUAAAGAACCGACUGAUCUGCGUAAUGAACCAGGUUACUCAGACAGAGUGGAGUAUUUAGGAGAUGAACAGAAACACUUCUCCCUCAGACUGAGUGACGUGAAGAAAUCAGAUGAACAGAAGUACUGGUUCAGAAUCACAACAAAUGAAACAAAUCAAAGUUGGCAGGGUGAACCUGGAGUUACACUCACUGUUACAGAUCUUCAGGUGAUCGCUCCUGCAGAAGUGACAGAGGGACAAUCAGUCGUUCUGACCUGUAAAACCACCUGCAUUCUGACUGAUCCAACAUUCAUCUGGUACAAAAACAGACGUGAUUUAACCACAAACACCCCCAAGAGCAAUGAACUCCACCUGCAGCCGGUCAGCAGUGAGGAUGCAGGCAGUUAUAGCUGUGCUGUAAGAGGAUAUGAACAUCUCCCCUCUCCUGCUCAAACCCUCAGAGUCAGAUAUCCUCCAAAGAACGUCUCAGUGUCCAUCAGCUCCUCUGGUGAAAUAGUGGAGGGCAGUUCAGUGACUCUGACCUGCAGCAGUGAUGCUAACCCACCUGUGGAGAACUACACCUGGUUUAAGGGGACGACAUCAGUAGGAAAAGGAAAUACCUACACCAUCUCCAAGAUCAGAUCUGAGGACAGUGGAGAGUACAAGUGCAAGUGCAGUAAUGAUGUCGGACAUCAGGACUCCAUCAGUGUAACUCUGAAUGUUCUGUAUCCUCCAAAGAACGUCUCAGUGUCCAUCAGCUCCUCUGGUGAAAUAGUGGAGGGCAGUUCAGUGACUCUGACCUGCAGCAGUGAUGCUAACCCACCUGUGGAGAACUACACCUGGUUUAGGGUGAAUGAAUCGUCACCUGUAGGAUCUGGACAGAGUUACGGAGCACUACAGAGUGGACAGUACUACUGCGAGGCUCAGAAUCAACACGGCUCUGAGAGAUCAGCUGCAGUGUCCGUCACUUUAAACGGUGGCUUUGUAAUUAUGUACGUGACAAUUGGAGUUGGACUUUUUGGCCUUGUAGCUCUUCUCUCUGUACACUUCUGGCUGAGAAGCAGGAGACAGAAGAAAAAGGCAGAUGAAGGUGACUAUCAGAACAUCGGGCCGAGCGCUAAAGACGACACGUACGCAGCUCUCGACCUCGCGGGCCGGACAUCUGAUGAUGUGUAUCACACACUUGCACCAGGAUUCGGUUAUAAACAUAACAUACAACUUGUGAAAGAAGAAAAAGUCGAACCGGGGACCCGGAGACCAGCAGGAAGUGCGCAACAAUUCGGGAGCAAAGGAUUCUGCUUUAACACACUCAGAAUCUUACCAGUAAUGAUGUCCCUCAAAAUGGCUUCUCCACUUCAUCUGGUCUUUCUGUUCAUGAUCUCAGGAGCUCUUGGGAAUGAAUGGAGUGUGACAUACAGCGAAACAAAUCUCUGUGCUUUAAAAGGAUCUACAGUGUUUAUGAACGUCACGUACACACACCCAACACGUCUUACAGUGACGAACAGGUUUUGGUUAAUAAACCCAGUUAAGGAUAAAGAACCGACUGAUCUGCGUAAUGAAUCAGGUUACUCAGACAGAGUGGAGUAUUUAGGAGAUGAACAGAGACACUUCUCCCUCAGACUGAGUGACGUGAAGAAAUCAGAUGAACACAGGUACUGCUUCAGAAUCAUAACAAAUGUAGACAGAGAAAGAUUCCUGAGUUAUCCUGGAGUUAGACUCACUGUUACAGAUCUUCAGGUGAUCGCUCCUGCAGAAGUGACAGAGGGACAAUCAGUCGUUCUGAUCUGUAAAACCACCUGCAGUCUGACUGAUCCAACAUUCAUCUGGUACAAAAACAGACGUGAUUUAACCACAAACACCCCCAAGAGCAAUGAACUCCACCUGCAGCCGGUCAGCAGUGAGGAUGCAGGCAGUUAUAGCUGUGCUGUAAGAGGAUAUGAACAUCUCCCCUCUCCUGCUCAAACUGUCAGAGUCAGAUAUCCUCCAAAGAACGUCUCAGUGUCCAUCAGCUCCUCUGGUGAAGUAGUGGAGGGCAGUUCAGUGACUCUGACCUGCAGCAGUGAUGCUAACCCAUCUGUGGAGAACUACACCUGGUUUAAGGGUACGACAUCAGUAGGAAAAGAAAAGACCUACAACAUCUCCAAGAUCAGCUCUGAGGACAGUGGAGAGUACAAGUGCAAGUGCAGUAAUGAACUCGGACAUCAGGACUCCAUCAGUGUAACUCUGAAUGUUCUGUAUCCUCCAAAGAACGUCUCAGUGUCCAUCAGCUCCUCUGGUGAAAUAGUGGAGGGCAGUUCAGUGACUCUGACCUGCAGCAGUGAUGCUAACCCACCUGUGAAGAACUACACCUGGUUUAAGGGGACAACAUCAGUAGGAAAAGGAAAUACCUACAACAUCUCCAAGGUCAGAUCUGAGGACAGUGGAGAGUACAAGUGCAAGUGCAGUAAUGAAGUCGGACAUCAGGACUCCAUCAGUGUAACUCUGAAUGUUCUGUAUCCUCCAAAGAACGUCUCAGUGUCCAUCAGCUCCUCUGGUGAAAUAGUGGAGGGCAGUUCAGUGACUCUGACCUGCAGCAGUGAUGCUAACCCACCUGUGAAGAACUACACCUGGUUUAAGGAAACAACAUCAGUAGGAAAAGGAAAUACCUACAACAUCUCCAAGAUCAGAUCUGAGGACAGUGGGGAGUACAUGUGCAACUGCAGUAAUGAAGUCGGACAUCAGGACUCCAUCAGUGUAACUCUGAAUGUUCUGUAUCCUCCAAAGAACGUCUCAGUGUCCCUCAGCUCCUCUGGUGAAAUAGUGGAGGGCAGUUCAGUGACUCUGACCUGCAGCAGUGAUGCUAACCCACCUGUGGAGAACUACACCUGGUUUAAGGAGAAUGAAUCGUCACCUGUAGGAUCUGGACAGAGUUAUGGAGCACUACAGAGUGGACAGUACUACUGCGAGGCUCCAAAUCAACACGGCUCUGAGAGAUCAGCUGCAGUGUCCGUCACUUUAAACAGGGUUCAGAGCUUAGGUGUGUACGCAGGUGUUGGGGCUGUUGUGUUUGUGUGUGUUUGUCUCAUCAUCACCUUCCUGUUUAUAAGAAGCAGGAGACAGAAGAAAAAGGCAGAUGAAGGUGACUCUCAGAACAUCGGGCUGAGCGCUAAAGACGACACGUACGCAGCUCUCGACCUCACGGGCCGGAUAUCUGAUGAUGUGUAUCACACACUUGCAAUUACUCAUCCCAGUCCUCCUGCUGACACACCCACUUCCUAUGCCUACUGGACAGAACAUGAUGAAUGAAAUGAGUCCUGAAACAGCUGAUGGAUAGAGAGAGCUCCUCACUGAAGUGGAGAAACUGAAUCGCUCCUUUACACCAGCGACAUCAGCAUCUUACAGCCAUUUAAAGCAGCUUUAAUCAUUUUAUAGCAGUGUGUGAAGUACUUUUUCUCCUGCCAGCAGUUUAGGACUGCUCCAGUCAGCUGUAGAGUUUUCACUCAUUAGUUAUCGCUUCUUUAUUGUGAAUAUUGUAACUGAAUUAAGGGAUUGAAGCUCAACUGAAGUCCAGAAUGGAAAUAUAUUUAGCAGAGAAUGUGUAUUUAGUGAGAAAUAAAACUAAUUAUGAUGUAUUAACUUUCUCAGAACUGUACGCUGUAGGUCAGUGUUAUAGAUUUAAGCAGCUAAUGUGUCAGUGCUGAUUGAUCUAAAGUAAUUACUGCUAUAAACUCAUUUAAAGUAGUGAAGUGAUGUUUUAUUUACUGUUGACGGUGUGAGUGGCCAUGUUGGUCUGAUGUCAUGUACUGAACUCAGGGUUGUUCAGAUACAUCCUUGUUUCAUUUUGUCUCACUCCAAAUAAACAGAUAAAACAUAUUAUUCCA